CUGCAGGCACUCAGUCUUCAAUCUCUCACGUUCCUCUCCCGUGUGCUCAGUUGCUCGAAAGCGAAAGAUGGUGCUGGAGUUGUAUUACAUGCCGGAGAGUUCUCCGUGCCGAGCCGUGAUGCUCACGGCCAAGGCCAUCGAUGUUCAGUUGGAUCUCAAACUCGUGGACUUGGAAAAGGGAGAAAACAUGGCACCCACAUUCGUGGCUAUGAAUCCUCAACAUACAGUCCCGACGCUGAACGACGAUGGCUUCGUUCUCUGGGAAAGUCGUGCCAUCAUGACGUACCUGGUGAACCGGUAUGGAAAAGAUGACAAACUAUACCCGAAGGAUCCGAAGCAGAGGGCCGUGGUGGAUCAAAGACUCUACUUCGACAUGGGAACUCUUUAUCAGCGACUCGGUGACUAUGUUUACCCACCAGUAUUCGAGGGGCAGACCUUGGACGAAGAAAAGCUGAAGAAAUGUGUGGAAGCCCUGGGCUGGUUGGAAGAAUUCAUUCUCAAAUCAGGAGGGAAAUACUGCGCUGGAGAACACCUGACCUUGGCCGACGUGGCCAUCGUCGCUUCCGUCAGCACCAUGGAGCCUGUGGGAUUGGUGGACCUGAGCGCGUACAAGAACGUGAGGAAGUGGCUGGAACGUUGCAAGAAGGAGAUCCCGGGUUACCAAGAGGUGAGCAAGGACGGCAUCGACAGUUGGGUCAAGUAUGCCAAGUCCAAACUCGAAAAAGUUUGAGAAACUUAUUCGAUGUGGAAUAAAACCCCUUCGCCGC